UCGGAUUGUUCGCGGUGUAGACGUAGCUCGCUGAUUCACAAACUUGAAACUUGAAACGUUCGAUAACUCGAGUCUCGAUUCUCGAGUUAACCCACCAAUUCGAUUUCGAUAUCGAGCAUAGGCUGUUUGUGAGCUGGUACGCGGGCUUGGGUCGCGAGUCGACUCGCGAACCAUUAUCGUCUCGUAUUCGCGCAUUCGAGUAUCGUUAUCGUUAUCUUUUGGUUGCUGCACUUGUUCGUUAUCACUUUAUCAACAGCCAGCAGGCAGUAGUGAAGAGAGUCGGCUUUCGGCUUUAUUUAUUAGUACUCGGUACAUUACAUAAACAUAUUAUUGUGCGCGUUUUUCGUUUCAAACAUCAAACGUACGAGUAUUGAAAAAAUUGUAUUUCGAGUAGUGUUUUUAAAUUGUGCGAUACGGAUACGGGUUACGGUUAAUUUUCAAAAAUACGCCACUUCCUGUGACUGUGUGUUGUGUGUUCGGUGGUUGUGAUGGUUGUGCUAAAUUAAAAUUAGGUAUACUCGUAUACAUAUGUAUUAUUAUACCGUAAUGUACGUACGUCGACGUAGUAUUUGUCUACAUACGACUACGUAGAAAUGAAGCAUUACCUAAUGACGAACGUUGGGGAACUAGUAAAUUUCAAAUCAGGAUAAUAGAAUUGACUUUAAAACAUCAUUAAACAUGUUAAUGGAGAAGCAGAAAGUAUGGGUUUCGGACCCGGUCGAAGGCUUCGUUAUGGGGCGCAUCGUAGACAUAAAAAUGGACGAAGUCGUCGUCCAACCACUCGACUCGAAGAAAUCUCCCAUAAGUUGCGAGCUAGAUCGCGCUUAUCCGGCCGAAGAAUACGACAGCAAAGAUGUCGACGAUAAUUGCGCUCUAAUGCAUUUGAACGAAGCCACACUGUUGAACAACAUACGAUUGCGAUAUCAGAAAGACAAAAUUUACACGUACGUUGCUAAUAUUUUGAUCGCUGUAAAUCCGUAUUUCGAGAUUAAGAACCUGUACGCUCAAUCGACGAUGCGUUCGUAUCAAGGCAAAUCACUCGGUGUUUUAUCUCCUCAUGUUUUUGCCAUAGCGGAUAAAGCAUUUCGCGAUAUGAAAGUAUUAAAACAGUCUCAAUCGAUUAUCGUAUCCGGAGAGUCUGGUGCUGGUAAAACCGAAUCUACCAAAUACCUGUUGAAAUAUUUAUGCGACUUGUGGGGCUCAGCGGCUGGACCUAUCGAGCAGAAAAUCCUAGAUGCUAAUCCAGUACUGGAAGCUUUCGGAAACGCCAAAACAACACGUAACAACAAUUCGUCCAGAUUCGGGAAAUUCAUGGAAAUACAUUUCGACAGUCGUUAUUGCGUCGUUGGUGGUUACAUAUCGCAUUAUUUGCUGGAGAAAUCGCGUAUUUGCGUGCAAAGCUCCGAAGAGAGAAAUUACCAUUUUUUCUAUUUACUUUGUGCCGGAGCUCCGGAGCAAUUGAGGGAGAAAUUAAAAAUCACAAAUCCGGACGAUUUUAACUAUUUGAGAAAAGGAUGCACUCAAUAUUUCACAAAAAAUGCCACCGAGAAAACGUUGAAACCAAAUCAAAUUAGCGCAAAUCAUAAAAAAAGAGGCAACCUGAAAGAUCCACUAUUGGACGAUGUGAUCGAUUUUCAAAACGUCGACAGAGCUUUAAGUAGUAUCGAAUUAUCGGAAGCUGAAAAAUACAAUAUCUAUUCGGUAGUGGCAGCUGUACUUCAUUUGGGUAAUAUCGAAUUCGAAGAAAAUACCGAUAAUAAUAAAGGUGGAUCCAAAGUUGUAGACCAGAGUGAAAAAUCAUUGAGAAUAGCUGCUCAAUUAUUAUCGGUAGACUGCGAUGAGUUGAGACAAGCUUUGCUCACCAAAGUCAUGAUGACGAAUCGAGGAGGCAUUAAAGGAACCGUUAUAAUGGUGCCUCUAAAAGUAUACGAAGCUAAUAACGCUCGAGACGCUUUAGCCAAAUCAAUCUACAGUCGAUUAUUCGAUCACAUCGUCAAAAGGAUCAACGACAGUAUACCGUUCAAAGCAUCGAGUUACUACAUCGGUGUUUUGGAUAUCGCUGGUUUUGAAUAUUUCACCACAAACAGUUUCGAACAGUUUUGUAUAAAUUAUUGUAACGAAAAGUUACAGCAAUUUUUCAACGAACGUAUUCUCAAAGACGAACAAGAGCUGUACGAGAGGGAAGGCUUACAAGUGCGAAAGAUUCAAUUCGUUGACAACCAAGACUGUAUAGAUUUAAUCGAAGCUAAAAGCACCGGUAUCUUCAGCUUGUUGGAUGAAGAAUCCAAAUUACCUAAACACAGCGCCGAACAUUUCACCAACGAAGUGCAUCGUCAAUGGAAUGGCCAUUUUAGAUUGAGUGUUCCACGUAGCUCAAAACUCAAGGUGCAUAGAGAACUAAGAGACGACGAAGGUUUCUUGGUUAGACAUUUUGCAGGAGCUGUAUGCUAUAAAACGGAUCAAUUUAUCGAGAAAAAUAACGACGCCCUCCAUGCGAAUUUGGAAGGAUUGAUUUUGGAAAGUAAAAACGCCUUCCUGCAAGCGUUGUUUGAAAACAGCAACGAUCUCAGCGCUACGCUCAACAAGGGCAAGUUGACUUUCAUCAGCGUCGGUUCGAAAUUCCGCAUGCAACUUUCCGAAUUAAUGGAGAAAUUAAAAAGCACCGGUACAAAUUUCGUUCGAUGUAUCAAACCGAAUCACAAAAUGGUCGAUCAUUGUUUCGAAGGCGGUUCGAUCUUGUCACAAUUACAAUGUUCGGGAAUGACUAGCGUUUUGGAACUGAUGCAACAAGGGUAUCCGUCCAGAUGCCCGUUUAACGAGUUGUAUAAAAUGUAUCAAAAACUCAUGCCUCCUGAAUUGGCAAGAUUGGAUAGCAGACUGUUCUGUAAGGCAUUAUUUAGAGCUAUCGGUAUGAGCGAAAAAGAUUACAAAUUCGGUGUCAGCAAAGUAUUCUUCAGACCAGGAAAGUUCUCCGAAUUUGACGCCAUUAUGCGUUCUGAUCCGGAGAACUUGGCGACCAUGAUAUCCAAAGUGAAAAAAUGGCUGAUCGCGUCCCGAUGGAAAAAAACGCAAUGGUGUUCGUUGAUGGUAAUCAAAUUGAAAAACAAGAUAUUGUAUCGACGAAGUUGCCUCAUCACGAUCCAGAAAAACGUUCGAAUGCAUUUGGCGAAAAAAAAGCACAGACAUCGGUACAGAGGUGUGAUCAAAAUGAACAGUUUAAAAUCAAUUUUAAACAAAAUGGAACCAUUAAUCGGCCAGCUAAAAGAAGGAAAAGCCAGUUUUACCGAGAACGUGAACCGACUGCAAUCGAAUUUCGACGCCAGUAUUAAGAAGAUUAAGAAUAAUGAAGCCAUCAGCGAGGACGAGAUCGAUAAAAUGUACACGAAUUUGAUGAACGAGGCGAAUAAGCAAUUAGGCGAACUGCAACAAAAAGUGGCCAAACAGAAGAGCAGCGAAGAACAGUCACGAAUUCGAAAAUUACAAGAAGAUAUGGAAAUUGAACGCAAACGAAAAGUUGAAGAAGAGAGAAAGAAAAAGGAAACACAAGAUUUAAAAAAACAGAAAAUCGAAAUGGAAAUCAGAAGAAAAGCCGAAGAACACGAGCAAGAAAAACAAAUGUUGGAAAUAUCGAAAACUACCAAUUUCUUCGAAAUCGAAGAAGAGCAGAAAAAAAUUGAAAAACAGUUGCGAGAGAAAUUAGAGCAAGAACGCAGAGAUCAUGAAUUAGCAUUGAGAUUGGCUCGUGAAACGAAUAGCGUACUCGAUGAUGCCCAGCCUUCCAAUACCAGCACUAAAGAACCAAGUCUGAACCAGUUACUCGGCGAACCCAAUGAAAAUGGCAAAUACGAUUUAUCCAAAUGGAAAUAUUCACAGUUACGCGACAUUAUCAACACAUCUUGCGAUAUAAAACUUCUCGAGGCUUGCAAAGCGGAAUUCCAUCGCAGGCUGAAAGUAUAUCACGCGUGGAAGGCGAAAAACAACAGACGAAGCAUUAUGGACGAAAACGAUCGAGUACCCCGGUCUAUUUUAGAAGAAGCGAAUAAACCGAAAACAGGCAUUAAAAAGUACGAAGCGAAUACGAAUUCUCAGAGAUACUUCAGGAUACCGUUUGUGCGACCGGCUGCAAAUUCGGUCAAUGGCACCGGUGAUCUUGGGGUCAAGAAAGGAAUGUGGUAUGCUCAUUUCGAUGGUCAGUACGUAGCUCGUCAAAUGGAACUGCAUCCGGAGAAACCACCGAUUUUAUUGAUAGCUGGCAAAGACGAUAUGCAAAUGUGCGAACUGAGUCUAGACGAAACCGGAUUAACUCGUAAACGGGGCGCCGAAAUAGUCGAAAGCGAAUUUGAAAAAGAGUGGAGACGACAUCAUGGGCCACCAUACAUGCGCCCAGGAGAUCCAAAUCGCGCAGGUGCCAACGGGGAUGCAUAUCGUUUCGGCAAAACUCCUAUCAACGUUUCCUAACCCUGCUCGAGGGUAAUCCGGUGAUCCUCCUUCAUCCAAUAUUGUAUUGUAUGUGACCAUUCUCUUGCCAAUAAUAAGGCAGUUUCAGCUUUUCAAAUCGUAACCUCUUCAUCAUCAUCAAACUGUAACCAUCGUGUCGUUGAGUCGGGUCACUUUUACGUAAUAUCAUAAUUUUUAAUUAUUUCUAAUGUAUCUACGUAUAUACCUAAACCAAGAAUAAAUUAGUAACAGUAGGCAUUUCAUUCCAAAGCGACAUCUGCUGUGACUUUUACGCACUUUGAGCAAUUUCUGUACAUGUAUGUGUGUGAGUGCCCGCAAAUUUUUGUACAAUACGUUAAUUUAAGUCUUUCGUUUUAGUCUAUAAGUCUUUCGUUCAGAGUUCUGUUUAUUCCAUUCACAUUCCCAUUUGCUCGUCUGACAUGAGUGAUUGUCAAUUUUAUUCUGAAUUAAAUUGAACAGUUCCUUGUCAUGAUUCAUCCAUCUUUUUCGUACUGUAGUGUUCAAUUUGAUAAAAUUUCACGCCACUGAAUCGAAAAUCGUUUCAAAAAAGUGGAUGAAAAAAAAAACAAAUGCUUUUUUAUGAUAGUUUAAAGAGGAUAUUAGCAAUUUUGAAAUUUUUUUGUGAUCGCGAAUGAUGAUCAUUGUACAUAAAUUUGAGCCCCCAAAUACGAUAUUUAGACCAACCAGACGGGUUUCAUUACCAUUUUACUCGCGUAACCCUCGACGACAUUCCUAGCAUGAUUUACUAUUCAAUAUGUUACUGUGAUUUUUUUUUUUUUUAGAUGGGUCAAAUUUUUUUAGUCGUUUAAUCGUUCGAUUUUGUUUAUACCACUAUCCUGAUAAUUUCAAUGUACGAGUAGCAUAGGAUUAUACUAAAUCCGAUAUUAUUAAAAGAGAUAAGUAUCUUCGAUAUGGUUAACCAUUUUAGAGUUUUUUUUUUCUUUUUCAAUAACGACGGCGACAGCGACACCAUAACAAUAACAAUGAUUUGUAAUAAUGAAAUUUAAGUAAAAUUAUAUUGUAGAUUAUACGUACCAAUCGUUAUUUCGUACCUGUACACAUUUUGCAACAAUAAUAAACUAAAUUUUCAACGUU